CUCCAUCUUGACAACUUCCUCCCCCUCCCCCUCUCCCUCUCGCUCUCACGAGAAUUUAAACCUAUUCUUCCAUCAUCAACCGUGUCAAAGAUCGUUUCCCUCCCCCUCCUCUCCUCUUACGUUUGCCGUGAUCCGAUCUCUCUCUCUCUUUCCUUCCCCUCUUUCUUUGUUCCUCGAGUGGAAGGAACACGAGGGAUGUCGGAUGCUCUGAUCAAUGGGUUGGCCGGCGCCGGCGGAGGGAUCAUCGCUCAGCUCCUCACUUACCCUUUGCAAACCGUCAACACUCGCCAGCAGACCGAACGCGAUCCAUCCGAGCCCAGCGCCCGGGAUGGAACAAUACGCCAGAUGUACCAGGUGGUGAAACAAGAGGGAUGGGAGCGUCUGUACGGCGGCCUCACGCCGUCGCUGGUCGGUACGGCGGCCUCCCAGGGUGUAUAUUACUAUUUCUAUCAAGUAUUUAGAAAUAGAGCAGAAACUGCUGCUCAUGAUCAUUGGAAGAAAGGAAUUGGAGAUGGAUCUGUUGGCAUGUUCGAAUCACUUGUUGUUGCUGCAUUAUCCGGAUGCGUAAAUGUGCUACUGACAAACCCUAUAUGGGUAGUAGUUACAAGGAUGCAGACUCACAAGAAGACAGACAAAAAACAGGUUACUUGUGCUUUGCCAUGUGUUCCAGAUGAAGCAAUUCAGGCUGCAAUUAUUGAGCAUCCAUCUUACAGAACUAGCCAUGUGGUUCAAGAACUCUAUGAUGAAGCAGGACUAUGGGGUUUCUGGAAGGGUGUAGUUCCUACACUUAUAAUGGUCAGCAAUCCUUCUAUCCAGUUCAUGCUGUAUGAAACCCUCUUGAAGAAGAUGAAGAUAAAACGAGCCUCAAACAGGAAAGGUGCUGAUGGAUUUACUGCUCUCGAGAUUUUUCUUCUCGGAGCUGUUGCCAAACUUGGAGCUACCGUUGUUACAUACCCCCUCUUAGUGGUGAAGUCAAGGCUUCAGGUGAAACGAGGACAUGAUGAUGACAAGAGACGUCAGUAUAAAGGUACAUUUGAUGCAAUCACAAAGAUGAUCCGCUAUGAAGGCCUGUCAGGUUUUUAUAAAGGAAUGAGCACAAAAGUUGUGCAGAGCGUAUUUGCUGCAGCAGUCCUGUUUAUGGUUAAGGAGGAGCUGGUGAAGGCAGCUCGUUUUCUGGUGACGGGAGAACUUAGAUCGAUCAAUCAUUCAAGAUCAAAGGCACGUUCGUAGUUUUGGUUACUUUUUGCAUCGUCACAUAGCAGCCAUUUGGGGCCGUUCUUUAGCCGAAGUUCUACUCCAGAAAAUCAAUGACUGUGAUAAGCCCUCAAAUAAGAGGCAAACAAAAUAACAUUUGCUUCCUGUGGCGUUACAUGAUUAUGUGAUUGAUUGUAAUUGAGUUCCAAGAAAUCUGAAAAUCUUAGGAUCGAGAAGCAUAGUGGAGCAUUAAGAUUGAAAGCACGCUUUUGUUUCUGCGUGGCUUCUCCCUUGGUAGUUGUUUUCAUAAUUUAAGUGGAUUUCUGUCUGCUAGCUCCGUUUCCUUCUUUAGCGAGGCUAUGGCCGAGUACCGGUUGCCUCCGUGAUUUUUGGCCGUCCCUUGAUGGGAAUACAACGACCAUGUUAA